AUGCCUGACACAGAUGAAGAGCAGCCACUGCAUCAUCAUCAAUCACAGUCAUAUCAAACCAUAAUUCUAUCUACCAGCGACGACGAGAAUGACAAUGAUCAAAACAGCCACUUGACGGGUUCCAGCUAUAAUAACCACCAACACAAACCUCAGCUUGGAAGUAUCAGCUUACCGAUUUUGACCCUUUGCUUAGCUGUUGGUGCAGGUCUCACCACGCUGGAUUCCUCAAUAUGCGUCACUGUGCUCAACCAUAUUGGUACCGAAUUUCGCAGCGCCAAUCUUGCAGCUUGGAUCACUAGUGCAUACAUGCUCACUUGCCUAUCAGCACUCCCAUUGGUGGGAAAAUUAUCAGAGGCAUUUGGAAGAAAACCAGUGUUGAUUGCUACCUCGUUGCUUUUCCUUGUCGGCUCUGUUGGAUGCGGUGUAUCCCAAUCAAUGCUUCAAAUGAUAGCUGCACGAGCAGUUGCUGGUUUUGGUGGAAGUGGCCUGGUGCUCCUUCCAAGCAUCCUAAUCCAUGAUCUUGUUCCGCUUGAGCAAUCGAGCCAAUACCAAUCCUAUAUCAAUGUGUCACAAACAGUUACAGUGAUAUUAGGACCCCCAUUUGGAGGUUGGAUCACCGACAUGGUGGGAUGGCGCUAUUGUUUCCAGCUCAACAUUGUACCGGUGCUGGCAAUCACCUACGUUUAUGCAUUUCGAUUAAACAACUACAACGCUCCAAAGGAGAAUACCUGUGUAUGGGAAAAGCUCACAACGAUUGAUUUUGGUGGUGCUUUUCUCUUGACCAUUGGCAUCCUUGCUCUUGCUAUCGUUCUCAUGUCAGGCGGCAACACGCAUGAUUGGAAUGAUCCAUUCAUCGUAACAAUGCUAUUUGGAUCAUUGUUGGUAUUCAUUGCCUUUGCCAUCUACGAAAGACGACAAGGAGACAAUGGGCUUUUAAGACCUCAAACAGCGUCCAAUCGAAAUGUCAUCUCCACGUGCAUCACAGCAUUAGGCAACUGUACCAGCGAUAGUGGAAUCCUUAUACUUUUACCACAAUACCUAACAGUAGUACAUGGAUCCACCAUUUCUGAAUCAGGACUCUAUCUAACAGCACGAUCUAUCACAACGCUUGUUGGAUGCUAUGUUGCCGGGCAAUACGUCAAACGCACUGGACAUUUUCGUAACUUUUUGAUGGCAAUGGCAGCGCUUUAUAUCGUAUGUGCCUUUAUCCUUGGGAAAUGGGUAGUUGCAGCUAUACCCCAUUUCGCAGGCGUGGCAUCCAUGUGUUUGACAGGAACAGCAUUUGGUGCUAUUUCAGUCCCACUCUUCACGGCCGUUGCAAGUGACAUACCCAAACCACAGAUUGCAUCGGCAACAUCCAUGUAUGUCAUGACACGUUAUAUGGGUAUACUGCUCGGAAUGGCUCUCAGCUCCACGCUUGUGCAAGGGAAUCUCAAAAUCCUCUUGAGAGAAAGGAUCAAUGGUGAUGACGCUGAUAAGCUCAUUGAAUUCAUUCGCACCUCCAUUGAUAAGGUAAACACGCUUACACCUGAAGUACAGCACAUUGUCUCGGACGCUUUGGCACAAUCCUUGGAAAAAGCUUAUUACAUCUUGGCAAGCAUCGCAUUCAUUUCGGUACUCGCGUUGAUGUACAUGAAGAACGUGGACGUUAGAAGCAACAACAAAUGA